AUGGCCGAGCCAAUACUGUGGUUUCUUGUGGCCUCAAACACGAUAUUGCUUUCCAUUCUGGCUUCCGCGUACCUCCCUUGGGUGAUCUCUGCCUACCAGUCAACGGUCGUCAUAUUCUCAACGGUUUUCACAACUCGUGCACUGUCCUUCAUCUACGGUGGAGCUCUAGCUCUCUGUGCAUUCUACCUUUGGAAUCUGCAAGCAGCAGUUCAAGAACUUGAAGAUGAGAUUGAAAAACUCAAAGCUAAGAAGAAGAAGCCGAUCCUUCGACCGGCGUAUGGUGUUGAUGGUAACCUGGUGGCCAUGGUUCGCGCUCGGGGACAACAGCAGCCUACUAGCGGCGUCACAGUAACACGCCGCGCAACUAUCGCACGACCAUCUCUCAGUACAACGCCCGCAGUAGCCCCUUCCAGUUCUUCACCCACGCCUGUGUCAACAACCAUACCCGCACCGCCGCUCGCUUCCUUCCAGCGCCGUGCGGCUUCGGAAUGGAAUGGGUGGCCGGAUGGCCCUACUGAAUAUAGCCUCUCGCGGCCAGAGCUGACAACGCCCGGGGCAUUUGACGUGUUCUGGGUGCUGGAAUCGCUUCCUAGCGUUCGUCGAGGCUCUAUUCAUUCACCCACACUCCUAUCCGGCAAGAAAUUUCGUUCAAAAUGUCGUGGGACGCUGAUUUGCGGUGCUUCACGCUGCGCUUAUGGCCUACGCAUCGCUCCUGACUCGACAAUGAAAGGAAUUACCCGGCAGCUGAAACAGGUUUGCCUCUGCGGACAUGCACUAUAUCAUGCCGCCUGUGGAGUUGAGCUCAGCGUUGUGGUUUUUCGGGGCGGUGCGAGCCUGACAAAUCAUGGAAACCACACACAUGGCAAGUAUUCUCAUCGUCUUUUACUUCCAUCCGAUGGCCGUACGACCCCAAAUUUGGUCGAACUUACGGGCGAUGACUGUUCAUCGGCCUUUCCGGGUUUAUGGCGCCAGCUCAACUCUACUAAUAAAUUGGAGAACGAUGAAUCUAUUCAAACACGCAUGCAAGAUGAUCCGUCAGAACUUGAGGAGGAGGAGGAUAUUGUUGGACCUCAAGAGUGGGAUGAAGCAGAGCAGCAUGAGCUGGAUGACGACCCUGACGCAGACACAGGCGACGCCGAAUAG